ACUGCUUUGUUCAACUUCCAAUCGUUGUUACAGGUGAUACUCCUAUUGAUCUGCACGUGUACUUACGUCCAUGCUACAGCUCCUGCUCUCUUAGACAGCAGAAAGACUGGAAUCUUAGGUGUAUUUUGGAAAUUUGCCAGAGUUGGUGAGAGAUUGAGUCCAUAUGUAGCUAUAGGAUGUUUCAUAAUGGCCUUCAAUACUUUGAGUUCAUAG